CACUCUUUUCUUUCUCUUUGGCCUUACUCCCUUCCCUUCCCUUCCCUUCAUAUUCUUUUCUCACCAAACCAUAAAAAACUCAAUUCAAUUCCUAAUCAAAAACAACAAUCCAAAUUAAUAUUCCAAGAUCACCUUCUCACCCAUUUUUAUCAAUCAAAUUUAGUUUCUUUUUCUUUUUUCUUCGACAUAGUGUCUACAUUCUGGACAUUAUACCGGUCGGUGAAAGACUGAUAAUGGGUCGGUUAUCCGUUUUCUUGAAGUGACCGAUUAAUCUUGGAAAAUUUUUUCUUUUAAAUAAAGUUUUGAGUAAUGGAAUUGGAGCAAUCAAAUCAAGCAAUGACCUUUGAUGAACCAUCCAUGGAGCAAAGCAUCAGCUUUGUCAAAGCCCUUCAGGAACUAAAAAAUCUAAGGCCUCAACUUUAUUCCGCGGCUGAAUAUUGUGAGAAGUCUUACCUUCAUAGUGAACAAAAACAAGUGGUCCUUGAUAACCUGAAAGAUUAUGCUGUACGAGCCCUUGUAAAUGCUGUUGACCAUAUUGGCACUGUUGCCUACAAACUGACUGACGUUCUAGACCAGCAAUCUUCAGAAAUUUCAACAACUGGGUUACACGUCACAUGCUUACAUCAGCAACUUCUUACAUGCCAAACAUAUACGGAUAGAGAAGCUAUUAGGCAACAACAAUUGUUAGCUGCUGUACCACGACAUCACAAGCAUUAUAUUUUGCCAAAUUCGGUGAGCAAAAAGGUCCAUUUCAGUCCGCAGAUACAAACUGAUCCAAGGCAGUACCAAUUUCAAUCACGACCUCGACAGUAUACUUCAGGUACCCCAGCAGCAAACACUCUUUGUUGGCAUCUAGCAUCCGAAACCAAGUCCACUUUGAAGGGAACUUCACGCUCAAUGAGCAUUGACGAUGCUAAAACUUCAAGUCAUGCUUCUGUAUCGUCUCAUGCAUCCAAUGAUGAUGGGACGCGCACAAAAACAUCUCAAGCUCAUUCAAAGCUGCCCAAAAUGGGCCCAGCUUCAAGCACAGCCGUUCAAACGCUCGGUAUCUCACGACAGGAUUCCGUGGAAGGUCCAAGGACAGUGAUGUCAUUCCGCUCAUUUGAUAAUCCCAGACGUGAGAUCAUCCCUGCUCCUAUACGUAGCAAGAGUGUUCUAUCGUCUUUCUUUGUCAAACAAAAGAUACCAAAACUAAGGACCAGUGCUGUUUCAUGAGAACUGUGAUUAUGCACGGUUGGUUAGUAGAAGUGCCAUAGUUGAGGCCAGCCACGAAUAACAAGGAGAAUGUGUAAAUUUUCUUUACUUGUACUUUCAUUUUGUGUAUGUAAUAUGUGAGUUCUCAUAGUUCAUAGUAGGACUAAUGGUCCAAUUUACAUGUCAGUUUAACAAAAAUCUAUGAUUGUUAAUGUACCAUCCUAUUAAAUACAUUAAAAUUUAAGUCUAUAAAAAAUAUUUGCUUGAA